AUAGGAAAAGUAGCAAAGUACAACUCCUAACCAAUACAUGUAAUAUACUAUUACUAAUAUGCCCUUGGAGUCAUGACAAUCCCCUCUCCUUGAGAGGUUUCUUGUCCCCAAGAAACGACAGCCACUGAGCCGCUGUUUCUUUAUCCAAUUCCCAUUUGUCCUUCUUCUUCUUUUUCCUCUUCUAAUCCCUCCAUAUUCAGUAACUGUUGUCUGUAUUGAUGGCCCAGGCUGAAUCUAUCUCUGCAUUUAUAGCAUAAUUCGAGCCUUCUCCUUUGCUUAUGCAUUUAUAGGGUUUUUGUGUAAACCCUAGGAUGCUUGUUUCCCUGAGUUAGUCCCGAGGCUGCAGUUUAGGCGGGAUGAUGCUCAUUCCCUUGAGUUAAUCUUGAGGCUGCAAUCCAGGCAUUUUCUCUUGCUUCCUGACUGCUUGAAUGGUAACCUUCUGUUAGAAGUCUGUGCUUUUUGAAAAUAGCUUCUAAUGCAAGCUCUUGCAGUCUUGCCUUCUCAGCGACCUACUUCACUGUCACAGGCUACACCAUCUCAACAAUUGGCCUCAAUUCGUCCUUGAGGUCACUGAUGAAAUCAGAGACAAAAUACUGCUCUGUUAGGGCAGGCAGUGAAGUCCACAUUAUUGAUCUUAAUUCUUCAAACUGAAUUUGAUACUCUACCAUUAAUCCUUCUUGCCUUAACUUGCUAAACUCUUCAAUCACAUCAGUCAUGGAUUUCUCACCAAAACGAUCACAUAGAUCUUCUGCAAAGUCAGUCCAACUAACCUCAUAUCUCCUUGCCUUGAUCCAUCCUUAGUACCAAGAGUCAGCCAUAUCAUUUAGAUAGGUUGCUGCCAGAUUGAUCUUCUGCCUUUCUGUGAUAUUGUAAAACUCAAAAAAUCUCUCUCUUGUGAAUCCACCAUCUCAGUUUCGAUCCUUAAAAAACCAAGAGUGUAAUUAGAGGAGAAAGGCCUCUUAUUGGAAUUGUUGGUUCUAGUAUUGGUAACUCCUCAGCCUCCUGCACUCCUAAAACUCUAGGGAGAAUGCCAUCACCAGGCAAAAUUGGAUCGGAGACAAAUCUUGGUGGCAAUUCCAGUGACAAACGGAAUUGAGGUAAUGUUGACAACAUGUUGAACAUGCAAUUUAUCCUUUGGCCAAAUUGAUCCAAUGUUUCUCUAUUUUUCUCCAUUUCUCUUUUCAUACUCUCUUGUAUGGCUACACUUUCUUCCCUGCUACAACUCACCGCCUCCAUCCUUGCUUCAAGCUGCUUCAUCCCGGUACCUUCUGCCAUUCCUCAAGCCGUCUGGUCUGAAUUCACCUUCAAUAUGCAGUGAAUUGCUGACUCUAAUCAUUGCACUAAUCACCAAUGAUAGCAAUAUCACUAUCACUAGGGAUAUGCAGUGAAUUACCGACACCAAUCGCCAAUGAUCUCAAUCAUAUGGAUCAAUUGUCGCCCAAAUCUAAUCAGGAUUGCUGUGGAUCAGCAAUUACCCCAGCUCUACUUCCAAUCCGCACCUACCUUACUUGCUUCAACUCAAUUUGGCAGCCGAGGACCAUCGGCUCUAGUUUGUGUCAGAAAUUAACAGCCGAGAAGUGUUGGAAAUCAACAAUCGAGUGCUGUCGGAAAUUAACUUCACUAAAUCACUGCUCAUAUGUGCCUAAAUGUUAGCCGAGAAUUUCUUUGCUCACUGUUGAGAAUCGAUCAGCUUUGAUACCAAAUGUCAUGCCUUAGGGUUGGGCUAGGGUUUAGAAAGGAAAUUAAGAAGAAUAUGGGGGAGAGAGAGCAGAAAUAGUGGGAGAGACAGAACAGAAACAGAGAGAAUAGAGGAGAUCGAGAGAGAAAAAUGUAGAGAAAGAAGACUGAAUUCAAAAUAUCAUUCCACAAUGCAAUUAUCUACCUUCUCUAGCCUAUUUAUAGGUUGUCUAACUAAAAGGUACAAUAGGAAAAGCAGCAAAGUACAACUCCUAACUAAUAUAUCUAAUCUACUAUUACUAAUAUUGUCAUGACCCCAAGUAUAUAUUAGUAAUACAUGUCAUGUUUUUUCCUUAUUAGUUGCAUUUUCUGUUGUUGUUGUUAGCAUCUUCAAUUGUAAGCCUAUAAAUAGGCUUGAGUAGUUAGAGGAAGUUAGCUUAAUGAAUAAUUUGAAUUCUCUCAUUUCCCUCUCCCGUCUUUCUCUCUUCUCCCCCAAUUCUUUCUGUUCUGUUCUUUCCCUCCCUUUCUGCCCUAUCUUCCUUUAAUUCUUACCAAAUUCCUUCCUAAACCCUAGGCAAAUCCUAGGGUCGUAACAAAUAUGCCCUUGGGGUCGUGACAACAACCUUCCCCUUUUUUUUUUUCUUGCAAAGGGGCUAUUCCACAAUUUGUACCUGUGGCCUUCCAAGACCACAAAGGAGCAACUUUACUAUUGCUACCAAGGCUUGCCCUCACAAAGGAACAACCUUACUUUGCUGUACAUGAAAAUGCUCUGACCAAUGUGUAUUUUUAUAGAUGAGGCUUCUAGAUGUUACACACUGCAAUAUAUUUUAAAUAACUGCAUAGAAGUAUCCAAUACUCUCAGGAAAAUAAUUUUUCCUGAUAAAUGGAUAUUGCCGCAAGUCAGGCCUUCCUAUUUGCCUCACUCAGUUUGUCCUGGAAACUUGGAGAAUUAUGGGUGAGAAAGAUGUAUAUGUGGACAAUAAGUCGUACCUUCUUAUACUUCAAGCUCUCUGUAAAGGGGGUUACCUAGAGGAGGCAUUCAAUUUGAUGAAUGUUCUUGGAGAAAGCCAUGACUUCUAUCCUGUUUUGUCUAUGUACAAUGAUUUAUUAGGAGGCUGUGCCCGAAUACAAAGUGUAAAUCAUGCCAAUAAAUGUUUAGAUUUGAUGGAGCGUCAAAUGGUGGGGAAGAAUGAAAUAACAUACGCACAGCUUCUGAAGCUUGCAGUGUUGCAGCAAGAUUUUUCUGCAGUCCAUGAGAUUUGGAAGGAGUAUAUAAAACAUUAUAGUCCCAGCAUUAUUUCUCUUCGAAAGUUUGUCUGGGCCUUUACAAUGUUGGGAAAUUUAGAAGAUGCAUACACGUUGUUACAAUACAUGGUGGCUUUGGCUCUGCGGGGAGGCUUUGUUAUUAGUAGAACAGCUGAGGGAAAGUUUUUCACUUCAAGAUUGGAUAUUCCUAUACCAUUGAGCUAUGAGUUGGUCCUGAAAAGAUCUAACAAGGAGAGUGAAGAUUAUGAUUAUUCUGGUUUUGUGAACUUUAAGACAAUGGAGACUUGUGUCAAUGAUGAUCAACAUGGCACUGAUUUCUGCACAGAAAAGAAAGAAGUUGAGAAUGCUGGGUUACUUAAGCUGCAAAAACAUAGUGGCAAAUCAUGCAUGAAGGUUUUGAGGUGGUCAUUCAAUGAUCUAAUACAUUCUUGUGCAAAGUCCUUAAAUUAUAGGUUGGCAGAGCAAUUAAUUUUACAGAUGCAAAAUUUGGGUUUGGAACCAUCACGUAGUACAUAUGAUGGCUUUGUAAGAGCAGUUAUCUCUGAAAGAGGUUACCAUGGCGCCAUUGAAGUGUUAAAAGCAAUGCAACAGAAGAAUUUGAAGCCUUAUGAUUCAACUCUUGCAACCAUAGCAAUAAGUUGCAGCAAAGGGUUGGAACUGGAUCUAGCUGAGUCUCUACUGGUUCAAAUUUCCAAAAGUCUUUAUGUGCAUCCUUAUAAUGCUUUUCUUGAAGCAUGUGAUACUAUGGAUCAACCUGAACGUGCUGUUUGUAUGUUUGCUAAAAUGAAAGAAAUGAGAUUGCAGCCAGAUAUCAGGACAUAUGAGCUACUUUUAUCACUGUUUGGCAAUGUUAAUGCACCAUAUGAAGAAGGCAAUAUGUUGUCACAGGUUGAUGUUGCCAAAAGGAUUAAUGCCAUAGAAAUCGAUAUGGUGAAAAAUGGCAUUCAGCAUAGUCAUUUAUCAAUGAAGAACUUGCUAAAAGCACUUGGAGGUGAGGGGAUGGUGAAGGAGCUCAUCCAGUACCUUCAUGUUGUAGAAAAUCAGUUUUCUCGUGGUUACUUUUGUUUGGGGACACCUGCAUAUAACACAGUGUUGCAUUCACUUGUGGAGGCUAAGGAGAGUCACAUGGCAAUUGAGAUUUUCAAAUCUAUGAUGUCUUAUGGUUUUCUUCCUGAUGCUGCAACAUACAAUAUCAUGAUUGAUUGCUGUAGCGUCAUAAGAUGUUUCAAAUCUGCUUGUGCACUAGUUUCUAUGAUGGUGCGCAAUGGUUUCUAUCCUCAGACAAUAACCUAUGCAACACUGAUAAAGAUUCUGUUGGGGAAUGGAGAUCUUGAUGGAGCAUUAUAUCUGCUUGACCAAGGAAGCUUGGAAGGAAUCCAAUCUGAUGUGUUGUUAUUUAACACCAUUCUUCAAGGGGCAUGUGAAAAGGGAAGGAUAGAUGUAAUCGAGAAUAUUGUGAGGCGGAUGCACCAAGAGAAGGUCCAGCCCGAUGCGACAACCUGCUAUUAUGUGUUCUUUGCAUAUGUAGACCACGAUUAUAUCAGCACCGCCGUGGAAGCAUUGCAGGUUCUCUGUAUGUGGAUGCUAUCUGAAGAAGAUAGCAUGCUCGAAGAACAGAGAAGAGAAUUGGAGGAAAACUUUAUCCUCGCCGAAGACUUGGAAGCCGAGUCACGCAUUGUAGAGCUUUUCAAAGAUUCUAAGGAGAAUCUUGCUGCUGCCCUCCUAAAUUUAAGAUGGUGCGCUACACUUGGUUUCCCGAUUUCAUGGCUUCCUGAUCAAAGCCCAUGGAUGAGGAGAAUUUCGAGUGAUUCUGGUCCGCGAGAAGGUAUUGCUUGAUUAUUCAAUUGGGGUGCUGAGCUGGUGGCAGAAGAAUGAAUGAAUGGGCAGAAGCACACUCUGAUUUUUCCAAGGAAACAUUGGGCAAGAAGACCGGAAUCCCCCAUCUUUCAAUUUUGCAUGAUGAUUGCUGUUUGUGAAGCGGGUGAGGUUAUAUUUCUUCAAAAUAUCUACUUUCGUUGCCCUUAGCUCGAACGUCAGCCCCCAUACUUGAAAAAGAGAGAUGAAACAAACGUUACCAUUCUUGCUUU